CUCCAUCGUCCUCAAGGAGCCCACCCAAGCCACCUCGGAACCCCACCGCUCCGGCCGAGCCCGCCACCCCGCGCAGUUACCCCGACUUUCGCCGGUGCCCGCAGCAUGAGGCGCGCGGCGCUCUGGCUCUGUCUUUGCGCACUGGCGCUGCGCCUGCAGCCGGCUCUCCCGCAACUCAUGACCAUAAACAUGGCUCCGGAAGAUCAGGACAGUUCUGGAGAUGACUCGGACAACUUCUCCGGCUCAGGCGCAGGUUCUCUGCCAGAUAUCAACAUGUUCCAGCAGACAUACCCCACUGGGAGCAACCCGGGACUCUUGACGGCUGUGCCCACGGCUCCUGAGCCCACUGGCCUGGACAGCACCGUGACUACCCUGCUCACAACAGAGAAGCUGGAAAAGGAGAUGGCAGUACCGGUGGAGGGGGAGCCCAGAGAAGCCCUAGAGAAGGAGGCCAGCCCUGCACCCAAAGAGACCACACAGUACCCCAGCACCCAACCAGAAUCCAGAAAGGAAGCCACCACGGUCCUGACACCCGUCACCUCCCAGCCCCAUGGGGGCAUGGGGCCUGAGCCUCAGGAGACUUCAGCUUCGUCGGCACCCAGCCAGUUUGACCCUCAUGUUCACCACUCAGAGGAAGGAGUUUCCGCUGUCACCCAGAAGGUGCCUGAGGAUGACGGAGCCACCAACCAGAUGCCAGCAAAUGAGGGCUCUGGGGAGCAAGAUUUUACCUUCGAGACCACUGGGGAGAAUGCAGUUGAAGGCUCCGUGGAACGGGACCAGCAAGACCGGUCUGCAAUGGGCCAUGAAGCCAGGGGGGCUUCCCAGAGCCUGCUGGACAGGAAGGAAGUUCUAGGAGGAGUUAUUGCUGGCGGCCUGGUGGGCCUCAUCUUUGCUGUGUGCCUGGUGGCGUUCAUGCUCUACAGAAUGAAGAAGAAGGAUGAAGGCAGCUACUCCUUAGAAGAGCCGAAACAAGCCAAUGGGGGAGCCUACCAGAAGCCUAGCAAGCAGGAGGAGUUCUAUGCCUGACGGGACCACCCUUCCAUUCCCCCUGCCACUCGCUAGGUCCCCACUCGCCUCUUCCAUGAGGAACCGCAGGCCCUGCCUCCCCUGCCCCAUGCUGCCUUCUUGGCCCUCCCACUCUCGAGCUGGGGGCCUCUGGGGGUGAGGGGCGCCCUUCUGCUUCUUUGACUUCUGCCUGGAGACUUGGGCGCAAAAGAGCUCUCUCGGGUUAUGACUUUUCCAUCACCACCGCCGCUGGCACUUGGCAUUCCAGCUCUAUGACUCAGUUUCUUCAAACUGGAACGGACAAAGGGAAACCUGCUCCACGGGCCUGGAUGGGGCCGAUGGGCCGGAAGAGGCCCAGGCUGAGAUCUCAUGCCUGUAGCACUUACUAUAGACACCAGCCGCCUUGGGGACAGGGAUGGUGACAUGGCAGAGACAGGCCAGGCUCACCAGAAUUCACUUUGUUUUGUGGGGAGGUCUCAUUUAGAUAUCGACUUGUCUUUGCACAUGUUUCCUCUAGUUUUUCUGUCUAUUGCCCCUAGACUUUGUUCCUUCUGAGGUAAGUUAAGAAAGUUGACUUGGCCGUCCGCCAUUUUGCUUCCCUAACCUACGGUCAGGAGACAGGGAGAAUUCUCGGUGUUUGCAUGAGGAGAACCAAAUCUGGAAGCCAACAUCCCCCCUGGUGUUUGUGUUAUUUCCUUAGGGCACACAACCGGGGAGGCCCCCAAAAGACUGGCUGGUCCAUCUUUACUGCCACAGCUAUCACAUGUGUGUUCAUGAACUUGGGGCCACGGCCAGGACAUGGACUGCUGUGACACUGAGGAGAUGAGACAUUUGAGAACAGAAUCCUGGCACCUCAGGCUGGGCCCUGAGGAAAGUGGAGACUGUGGGCAGCUGAGGUGGGGUGAGCAUAGAGAUCCUCACACUGACCCAGUCCUUUUUUGGGGG